CACCGAUCAAUGGAAAGAGCUGAAGAUGUCGGCUCGGUCAUGUGAUCAGCUGUGUUCAAUCGCAGCUGAUCGCAUGGGACAUGUACACUGAUCAUCAGGGCACUGAUGAUCAGUGUGCCCUGAUGAUCAGUGUAACCCCAGCAGUGCUACCUGUCAGUGUCCAUCAAUGCCACCUGUCAGUGCCCGUCAGUGCUGCCUAUCAGUGCUCAUCAGUGCUGCCUAUCAGUGCCACCUAACAGUGCCAGUCAGUGUCACCUAUCAGUGCCAGUCAAUGCCACCUAUCAAUGCCAGUCAGUGCCACCUAUCAGUGCCAGUCAGUGCCACCUAUCAGUGCACGUCAGUGCCACCUAUCUGUGCACAUCAG